AUGUAUGGGGUUCGGGAGGAUGCGCCAGAUGUUCAGCAGAGAUAUGAUGGAUCACAGUCAUAUAAUCGUGUUCUUCCUGAAAUCGGUACUGCUGAUGACUCCAAUAAUUACAAGGAUCAUUUACAAGAGUUAAUACUAGACCAAAUAACUAAGGUCCAAGAACGACAAGAGCAGCUAGAUUCUAAGAUUGACCGGUUGGCUAAGGAGCAGGAAGAGUUCUACUUGAGUGAAUAUAAAAAAAUGGAUCAGGGAUUCAAAGAGGUAAGCAAAUGCCUGAAAGAGGUGAAUGUGAUGAAAGAGGUAUUUAAGGAGAUAGUUGGGGUAAUGACGGGUGAUCGUGUUAGGUUUAUAGAUCAUUCCAAUGAAAACUGUGUGCAGGAGGAUACCACAGGUAUAAAUCAGUCGGACCUUCUUGUUGAUAAUAUGAGGAGAGAAAUGCAGAGGAGACAGACUGAUUGGAUUAGGGAUAGGAUAGCUCUGGAGACAAGAACGAAUCAUAGAGUAAAAAGCGAAUUUGAGAAUGAUAGAAUGGUGCAGCAGAUGUAUUUACAGCCUGAGAGGGAAGGGGCGGGAGCGUCUGAAGAUUCGUUGGCUAGGGUUCCUCCGGAAGAUUUUCCUACUUAUCGAAUGAACAGGGCUAUUCGAUCAGUAACGGACCUUGCAAGGGAGUACUUUGAGGGCUUACGGGGUAAGCCUUCCGUAAUGUCAUUAGAACGAAGAUUUGGGUCGACAUGGAGGAAUUCAAGUAAAGAAAGGACGUUUUUCCAUAAGCGAAUGUGCAUUAUUAACAAGAUUAACGAUGUGAAAGAUAAUCCCACCAAAUUUUCGCUGCCGGCUGGCAUGACCAGAAAAAUGGCUAUUAAGGUUGUAGAGAACAUGAGACUUGGUAACAAUUCUUUUAAAGGUAAAAGAUGUUGUCUAACGCUUUCGCAGCUCUAUGUCUAUUUGUCGAAGAAAAUGGAUACUCCGAGCGACUACAGUUUAGAGCUGAAACAUGUGGGUAAGACAACCAGAGAACUAAUAACACAAGCUCGAAUCCGAAGUUUAGAGGGUAGUAAUCGAGAAAGUGGUAACCAGACUUCCUAUACAGGAGCUUCUGAAACGCCUGUGAAUAGAGACACUGGCGCGUCAGUGUCAGAGGAGCCGCCUGCCAUAUUAUCUUAUACUUAUGCUCCCACUAAUGAUAAUGGGAUUGAUUCAGAUAGCAAUGAAGAUGAUGAGACCGAUGAUGAAAGUAACAGUGCUAAUGUUGCUUGCUACUAG